AUGGCCCUCUCCAAGUCGACGCGAAUCAUCAUCCUGCUGGUAAUCGACAGCGCCUUCUUCCUCCUCGAACUCAUCACCGGUUAUGCCGUACACUCUCUGGCCCUGGUGGCCGACUCUUUCCAUAUGCUUAACGAUGUCCUCUCCCUCUGUGUCGGUCUCUGGGCAGUCAAGAUGGCAAACAAAACUUCGGCGCCGAAGAUGUACACAUACGGAUACCAGCGCGCGGAGACAUUGGGAGCAUUGGUCAACGGUGUCUUCUUAGUGGCACUUUGCGUGACCAUCUUUCUGGAUGCCAUUCAGCGCUUUGUGGAGCCACAGAUCGUGUCAAACCCCAAGCUCGUGCUCAUUGUCGGAUGCCUGGGUCUUGCUUCGAAUAUCGUUGGCCUCGCGCUUUUCCACGAUCACGGCCACGCCCAUGGAGGACACAGUCACGGUCCGGAAGCGGGUCACAGCCAUGAUGCAAGAGAUGCUGAAGAGGGACAUGCUGGACACGUCCACGAACCAUACACAGACGAGCCUCAUGAUCACUCGCACGGCGAGGCAGGUACAGACGCUAGUGGCUCUACUGCUGUAGCCGAUGUGAGUCCGCGCAAGCGCGGACACAGCAAAGCAGGCUCGAAGGGCUUCAUCAACUACGACGAGUACCCUGGUCCAGCAGCUUUCCGCAACUCAAUCAUUGCCGCAAGCAACAUGGAACCAAUCGAUUCUGACGAGGGCGAACCCGAGAUCGUGCCAGAUCGUGAAGGCGUGGAAUCCACUAGUGCAUACGAGCCAUUGAUGGCUGGAACUGCCCAGAAGAUCAGCUAUGGUGGUGUCUCUGCUGCACCACGCAAGUCGAACGAGCACAAGGACCACAAGCAUUCGCAACCAAGAGAAGCCGGCAAGGGAGGCGGUGGUCACUCGCACGGCGAUCUCAACAUGAAGGGCAUCUUCUUGCAUGUCGUGGGCGAUGCUCUAGGCAACAUCGGUGUCAUUGCAACUGCGCUCAUCAUCUGGUUGACCAAGUUUGAGGGUCGUUACUACUUCGACCCUGCCAUCUCGCUUGUCAUCACCUGCAUUAUUCUGGCAUCAGCAAUUCCACUUUGCAAGGCCGCUUCGAGAAUCCUUCUCCAGGCCGUUCCCCAUGGCAUUGAGGUCGAUGACAUCCGGGAUGACAUAGAGGACUUGUCUGGUGUUGAGAGCUGUCAUCACCUGCACGUUUGGCAGCUGAGCGACACCAAGCUCGUUGCCAGUCUCCAUGUCAGAGUCACUUUCAACUUCAAGGGCGAAGGAUCGCAACGAUACAUGCAGCUUGCAGCCGCCAUCCGCGAGUGCCUUCACGAGUACGGCAUCCACUCUUUCACCAUCCAGCCAGAGUUCCACCACGAUUCGGAGAGUGACGACGGCCGCGGAAACGUAGAGAACUCGAAUGACGCUUCGCGAAGUGGCUCUAUGCGCGGCAUGGACAAGAGCUGUCUGCUAGAGUGCAACGACAACUGCGGCGGCGGCAAGAGCUGCUGCCCGCCUGAGCAGCAGAACAAUGACAACUCGCACGACGAUCAUGGUCAUUCUCACUAG